AUGUGCGCGGAUUUGAUGGAGCAGAAGUUUGUGGGCUCUGCAGAGUUCAACCUGGCGGCGGCCGUGUAUGCCAGGUCCAACACCAGAAACCACGGCUGGCUCAAGAAAAAGCUGGAGAACGUGAGGAGGAAACCGCGAGAUCCUGCCAUCGGUAAACUCUUCGUCUACGCGGAAGAGUCUUUCAAUGCCAAGUCGGAGCUGAGCUUCUCAGUAUCUGCGGUGGACCUGAAGCCUACGGAUUUCUGGAAGAGGAAGUGCGACCCCUACUUCAUGGUCAACCGCAUUGAGGGCGUGUUCGAUACCGGGGAGCUAUGCAUUAGACCCGUGUACCGCAGCGAAGUCGCCCGGAAGACGUCGACGCCGAGCUUCGAGGAAAGUGGCUACAACGUGGCCCAGUUGAGCUCUUGCGAUGUGAAUCAGGAUGUCAUUUUCACUUUUCACGAUUGGUUCCGGUUGGCUGAUGACCGCUACAUCGGUGAGUGCAUGACUACCUUCGAGGAGCUUCAAAAGAUUGUGGGAAGAGGCAACCCACACACAUUCCCCAUCUUCAAGAGGGAAGGUCCGAGGAUAGCCGGGAUGACUCGCAUGAAGACAACGGUUGGCAUGCUCAGAACGUCGAAAAGUGGGCGGUCAGGCUCCGGCUCGAGGACAGGGUCUGGGUCGGCGGUGGCUUCCCGGGCCACCUCCAUCCUCUCCGCGGAGAAAGGGGGCGACAGAUUGUCGACCCCUGGUAGGAAGACAACUCACGAGCGCGCGCCCAGUGCUGGACCGCGUGCGUCCUCGCGAUUGUCCAGUGGCGGGGGAGGUGCUCAAGGUGUGCGGACAGCAUCCAGACUGACCACCAGGACUGCCUCACAAACUUCCAGUGGCGGGCCGAGGACCACCUCCCAGAUUUCUGGGCGCUCCGGCGGCAGCCUUCCUUCAGGCGGCACUCACUCCAUGGCUUCGUCUGACAAAGCAGGCAAAGGGGCCAUCGGGCCCUUGGCGGGGCAAGUCACGUUGGACGGGCACCGCUUCAAGCGGAACUACACCUUCCUGGACUACUUGCGGGGUGGGCUGGAGCUGCAGCUCAUGGUCGCCGUGGAUUUCACACGCUCGAACCUGGGCCAAACCAACCCGCAAUCAAUGCACAGCGUCGUGUCCAGAGAACAGGAGACAGCGUACGCCAGCGCCAUUCGCAGCCUUGGAGAAGUGAUGUCUGUCUACGACAAUGACAACUGCUAUCCAAUUUAUGGCUUUGGCGCGAAGAUUCCGCCAUCUCACUCUGUCGUGUCCAAUUGCUUUGCCCUCACGGGGGACUUCUUUCAGCCAGAGGUUGAGGGUGCCCGGCUUACCGGCCACUGA